GUACUUCGGUAUUUAACAUCCGGAAUCUAUGGGACUCGGAUUAUCCUCCUCUUGUGCAUACGGAAUCGUCAAGACACCUUGGCUAUUCUGUAAGCAUUAUCAUUAUAACGAAAGCUUGGAAGACGACAUUAGUAGAUACGAUAUGGCAACUUGGGAAGCUAUUGGAGCGGCCAAGCGGCAAGCAGUUUUGGCUUCUAUCCCUGCUGAGUGGCAUAUCCCAGCGUCCAAAUUACCAUCCGAAUCGAUCCUCGAUGUAUCAAGCUUCGCCUCCGAUUCUGGUCUGUUCACUGCACGUGAACUGGAGAUCACAAGUCUCACUGCGGAAUCACUUCUUCAAAAGCUACUGACGCAAGAAUGGACAUCAGAAGAAAUAACACGAGCGAUCUGCAAACGUGCUGCUGCUGCCCAUCAGUUGACAAACUGCCUUUCAGAAGUUUUUUUCGAGGAAGCAAUUGCACGAGCAAAGAGCUUGGAUGAGACAUUCAGAGAAACGGGUAAACCAAUCGGUCCUCUUCAUGGCCUUCCAAUCUCUCUUAAGGACAACUUCAACCUAGUCGGUAAGGACAGUACUGUUGGAUUUGCUACGUUUGCAAACGACCCGGCGACAUACGAUAGUGUUCUGGUGGAGCUACUCCGUGACGCAGGCGCCGUGUUCUACGUGAAGACAAAUGUUCCUACUGCUAUGAUGAUUGCCGAAUCGGUGAAUAACGUUUUUGGCCGGACUGUGAAUCCGCUCAAUCGCAACUGCACAUCAGGUGGUUCUUCAGGGGGUGAGAGUGCUCUUAUUGCUUUCGGUGGUAGCGUUCUGGGUGUUGGAACCGAUAUCGGCGGCUCCCUUCGUAUUCCUGCCGCCUGUACCGGCAUAUACACCCUCCGCCCCUCCUUUGGUCGCUUCCCGACACUCAAAUGCCGCUCCGGUCUCACCGGCCAAGAAGCCGUUAACAGCGUCAACGGCCCCAUGUCGCGGUCCCUAUCCGACCUUGCACUUUUUGCCCGCACGGUCGUCUCCGCAUCCCCCUGGCUGUCCGACCCCAAAAUGCUGCCCAUUCCCUGGCGCUCGGUCACGCUUCCCACGACACUCAAGAUCGGCGUCCUCUGGCACGACGGCAUCAUCACACCCACACCACCCGUACAACGUGCUUUAAAGACCACAGUCGAGAAAUUGCGGAAAGCUGGGCACCAGAUCGUCGACUGGAAUCCUGCAUUACACAGCCCUUUGCUCUCCACACUAGGCAAAUUCUUCAUUGCCGACGGCGGCUCUACUGUGCGAUCCAUCCUCUCCCGCACAUCUGAGCCCUGGCGGCCCGAGAUGAGCGCAUACGAGCUUGCGCCGACGAUUAGUGUAGCCGAUAUGUGGGCUCUGCAGGCGGAGCGCACGACCCUCAUGAAGAAAUACUUGGACCAGUGGAAUGAGAGCGGAAUAGACUGCAUCCUGGCGCCGACGACGCCAUAUGCGAGUGUGCGGAAUGGAAUGUGGAGGCAUGUGGGAUAUACUGGCGUGUUCAAUGUUGUUGAUUAUGCGGCGACGAGUUUCCCCACGGGUGUGACAGCGGAUAAAGAGUUGGAUGCGGAAUAUGGCCCCGAAGUGGGUGUUCUGGGGGAGGAGGAUGGGAAGGUGCGGGAGACUUAUGAAGCCGGCCUUGUGCAUGGCUUGCCGGUGAGUUUGCAGCUUGUUGGGAGGAGGUUGGAGGAGGAGAAAGUGUUGGAGAUGACAGGGGCGGUUUUGAAGGCCCUGAAGUAGGGGGUAUUCUAGUCAAUUUCUUGUGCCAAUUGAAGAUAAGUGUAAGCUCAUCAGCUAGCUAUAUACUAUUUAUGUGCGUCUGGCACAGCGUCAAUACCAUAACCAAACCACCUCGAAGAACG